GUAAAAUAGUACGCAUAGAAACGAAACUUGUGUGCAGAGCACUCACCUGUCAAAGUCAAAACAGAAAGCAGCGCAGUCCGCUUCGCUCGCUCCGCUCAUAUCCCAGCUUCUCAAAGUGCUUCAUACAAAUUCACUUUCCGGGUUUCUGAACCCCUUCGAAAAUGGAAUCACUCGAUAGAAUCGCAUCUCAAAUCAACAUACAUCAACUCACUCGCCAGCGCGUCGAAACUUCAAUUAUACUGAGGUUAACCUCCAUCGCAAUACUGUUAUUCACCGGAAUCCUUAUCAUUAUAACCAUUGUCUCAUUCUUCCUGUACGAAUGUAUGGUUUUAGACAUACUGCGUUUGGCUAGCGUCGCAGUCCUAGGAUUAAUAUUAAUCGUAGGAAUUUAUCAGUAUACAAAAUCGUCAAACAUUGACCAGAUUAUUCGAACAAUGGAAAAAGCAGUUGCAACACUACAAAUACCGGCCGAAUGCGGAGAAGGGCUGGACGUAUUUGACACACUCCGCCAAAAGGUAGAAGUCAAUUUCAUGGAGUGGAAUAAUGAAGAGUGAAAAAAGCUAAUGAUGAAUAUUAUUUAACAACACCACAAAUAAAUCUCCAGAUCAAUAGAUGGAUUCACUAAAAAAACGUUCACGUGCUUUUGAAUAAAUGACUGAUCAGAUUCGCAAGAAUUUUCAACGAAUUAGAAAAUCAUGAUUCGAACUAUUUGUGGUUUUACAAAAUUUUGAUAUAAUUUUUGUUGCAGGAAUGUAAAAAAGAUUAGUGAUUUUGUUCGAAUUGGAAUAAAAAGUCCAAUAUUGAAAAACAAGUCAUCGUUGUGGUAAUGACUGUUGCAUGAAAAGUUUAACCAAAAAGAUUUAUUUUAAAAAUUGUGAGAAAGAAAAAAUUGCAAGUUGUCCCAAGUGCAUAAGGCAAGAGCAACAAGGUCGUCAUAAUAUACCACAUGGGAGGAAGCGAGAACGAAAAUGAUACGCGGCCAUCAACGCCGCUAUUCGAGAACUAACUAAACUCGGCAUUCGACAUACAAGAUUUUUAUGAACACAGAACAGUGAACAGAAACUGCUCUUAUUGCCUCUUAUACGUACUGGCGGGCCAAAGUGAGGUUAUGUUCAAUCACAACGUGUUUUCGUGCUGAUGAAUAAUUGAUUCACUGCAUUGUAUUAGUUUGAGACAACAUGUCAACGUUAUUCAACGACGAAAAUUCAGAUUCUGAAAAGGAACUGAAAAUAAACAAUGGAUACGCCAGCAAUUACAACACUUGGCGCCAGAAAGAAGAAUUGAAUAAAUUCAAAACAAAGUAUGGAGAACAUGUCACGAAUUUCCCAAGUUCAGGCGAAGACUCUGAGACUUCAUCGGACGAGGACGAAGAUGGAGCAGAAUUGACGGAAGAGCUGGAGAAAAAGUUUUACAAAACUCUUGCAUGCUUAAAAAACAAGGAUCCAAAAAUCUACGAUGAGAAGGUGACGUUUUUCGAUGAAAUAUCGAAAAAUCCGGAAGAGAGUUCAAACAAAAAAUCAUCGAAAGAGAAGAAGCUUUUCCUUAGAGAUUACGAGCGUGAAAUAGUGGUUCAACGUGGAGGUAAAUUCAGCGAUAGCGAGGAUGAAGAGACGAUUCGUAACAAGAAAAGAAAGACUCGAGCGCCGACGUACGUCGAGGAACAGUUGGCUCUGAAGGAGAGUAUCAGCAAGGCUUUGGACGACGAGGACGAGGACGAAGAAAAUAAUCUUUUGGUUCCGAAAACAAAAACAGAGUCGGAAAAAUUGAAAGAGGACGAAGCAUACAAAGAAUGGCUGAAAGGUCAAAAAGCUGAAAUCGAAAGCAGCGAAAAGGAAGAGCUGAAACCUCUGCGGGAUUUUUGGGUCGAUCCGAAUCUUGAUCCGAAAGAAAAAUUUCUUCGUGAUUAUAUUUUGAACAAGAAAUUCUUGGGCAACGACGAUGCUGAAGAAGAUAAUCUCGAUGACGAACGAAUCGAUUUGUCCGAGGAUGAGAAAAUCAUAGAGGAACAAGAAGAGUUCGAACACAAAUACAAUUUUCGGUUCGAGGAACCCGAUCAGGAAUUCAUCAAAAGAUAUCCUAGAACUUUGGAGAACUCCUUGAGAAAAAAGGACAAUAGAAGAGCCCUCAAACGAGCAGAGGUCAAACAGCGAAAAGAGGAGGAAAAAAUUCGUAAACAAGAAGAGUUGAAACAACUCAAAGCUCUCAAGAGGAAAGAGAUCGCUGACAAAAUUGCUCAACUCAAAGAAAUCACUGGUAAUGACGACAAUCACUUCGAGAAUAUCGAUCUCGACGCUGACUUCGAUCCAGAGGAACACGAUAGAAAAAUGCAAGAAAUUUUCAACGACGAUUAUUAUGCAUUACCGGAGGAUGAUGUAAAACCUGAAUUUCCAGAAAUUGACGAAGAAUUAGGUAUCGAAAGAAAUUGGGACGAUUACGAUCCAGAAAACGAAGAACUUGUCCCGGAUGAUGAUUCACCACGUCCGGGGACUUCUCACUGCGAAGAUCCCGAAUUCAACAUGGAUGCCGAUUACGAUCCAACCCAAGCUUUGCAGAACGAGCUCAUAGCUUCCACAAAGAAGAAGAAGCGACGUCGAAAGAGCAAAUUCGCCGAGGUCAUUGCAAAAGAAAAGCCCAAAUUCGAUCCCAAAUUGCACGCUUCUUAUCGGGAUUACAUCGAGCAAUAUUAUGCUCUUGAUUACGAAGACAUGAUCGAUGACUUACCUUGCCGAUUCAAAUACCGUAAAGUCGUGCCAAAUGAUUAUGGAUUAAGCGUCGAAGAAAUUCUCGUCGCUGACGAUCGCGAGUUGAACAAAUGGUGCUCGCUGAAAAAAGCCCUCGAGCACAAGCCCGAAAACGUUGAGUUGAACGAAGUGCGUGUUUACCAGCAAAAAGCUAAGAACGAAGAGUACAAAAAGAAAAUCCUGAAAAGUCUGUACACUCCGGAGGAAGAGCCUCAAGAUCCGGAAACCGUGAUAACACCUACGCCGCAGGAGGCCGAAGAAGCGAUGAAGAAGAAACGAAAGAGGAAAAAGAAAUCAGUAAAGAAAAAAGGUAUCACGUCCCCACGAAAGGGCGACGGAAAAGCUGAGCAAGAAUCAGCACAAAACGAAAAUGAAAUUUCGGAAAUAGAAAUUCCACGAGAAAUUAAAGCGGAAACAUCGAUGAAAGAAACUUCGGAGGAGAAGCCUGCGAAAAAACUUUCGAAAGGUUCGCCAACAAAGUUGCAGAUAAAUGAAAAAGAAACAGUACCCAUGAAACCAGCUGUGACAAGUAAAAAGAGGAAAGCUGCUAAAAAUCCUGAUUCGGUAGCCUCGAGCAACCCGGAAGUAAGAGAACCGCUGGCAAAAAAAUUAAAGUCCGAAAUUAUUUCGACAGAGACUAUCGUUGAGAGCACGGUGAAUGGAAUCACAAACGGUGAGACGAAAAUGAAGAAGAAAAAGAAGAAUCUAAACACUCAGGACAAUUCGAGUUCAGCCAACUCCUCGAAAAAUAUGAAAAACGUCGAAAGAAUGAAGAAAAAUAAAAAUAAAAAUGCCACUGACGACCAUACGAAUUCUACGAAUUCCACAAAAAAUACUAAAGAUCCCAAAAGUAUGAAGAAACAAAAUAAAAACAAGUCGACGAAUUCGACAGGUGAAAAGAAGUUCAAAGGAAAAAAACAGGAGGCCGAUUCAGUCGCUUUGCUCAGCUCCGAAAGACUCAAAGCCUACGGCCUCAAUCCUAAAAAGUUUAAAAACAAAUUGAAGUAUGGUAAAAAAAUGAAUUAAAAAUUAUUAUUUUCCCCUUUGUAAAUAUAUGAAUUCUUAUAAUUACAAACAACAAAUACUUUAUUGAUAAAA